AACUGCUCGGAGCAGUCGCAUCAAGUCAGUCGAUCCCAUCAAAAGUUCGAGCCCCUUGCUGUAUUGACGCUCUAGGGAGUAAAUUUGACGUAGUCUAUUAGAGAAAAUAUAAACAAUUUCUACCCGUUAAUAUUUUGAGCAGGUGUUUCAAACCAAUAUGGAUCACAAAUGUCAUAUUUGCGGAUUUCUGUAAUCUUCUUCCGAGUCAAUUUGUGUUUGUCGGUGGAUGUGGAUACAGUCUAACGCCAUCAUACGCGAUUAAUUCAUCAGUUCUCUUCCUUAUCGUUGCAACUUACAUUGUCUUUCCAUUUUUCAAGUUCCCCACCUUGAGAAAAACUUUUAAAAGCAUGUGCGUAGCCCCGUCAUCGCGGUAGUCGCCUGCUCCUCGACGUCGCAAGACCACGGCGCCGGGAAGACAGCAAGAGCGGUUCAGUGCAGUGCCCCCCCCCCCUUCUGUUUCUAUCUCUCUCUCUUUCUCUCUCUUGCACUCAAAGAAAACUCGAAAGGACCUGUAACGGGCCUGUAACCAAUGUGGCUCCGAUAACUAGACCCCACCCCUCCGCCGUGCCUUGUCGUACUGUCGCCGUGGUGUCGCGUGCCGCUCGGUCGCCGGCGGCGCCCGGGAUCAAUAGGGUCUUGGUCAGAGGCUGUCCUUCGCUGACGGGGACGUGCACGCGCCCGCAGCGCACCGAGCACGUCGUCGGUGCGAUGCACCACCUGCAACUCUUCCUGGACAACAUCUGCAGGGAUACCGAGCCUAGCUGCACGAUGGGCGUGGAGACCGCGUCCGCCGCCGCCGCCGGCCCCGUCGAGGCCAGCGAGGCCGAGUCCUGGACCGCGGAGGGCCACGCCGUGGGCGCCGCCCCCGCGCCCGUCCGCGAGGCCGCCCCCGAGGACGGCGGCGCGAGCGCCACCCUCUCCUCGCCCGUCCAGGAGUUCUUCGCCGGCGCCACCGUCAUGGUGACGGGCGCCACGGGCUUCGUCGGCAAGGCCCUGGUCGAGAAGCUGCUCCGCUGCUGCCCGGACAUGCGCGCCGUCUACAUCCUCAUCCGGCCCAAGAAGGGCAUGGACGUGGAGAGCAGGCACCUCGAGCUCCUCCAGCACCCGGUGUUCGAGCGGCUGCGCUCCGAGCAAGGCCCCGGCGUGUUCGGCAAGGUGCGGCCCGUGGCCGGCGACGUCUCCCUGCCGCACCUCGGGCUCAGCGAGGGCGACCGGCGCCGCCUGCAGACCGAGGUGAACAUCGUGUUCCACUCGGCGGCCACGGUCCGCUUCAACGAGGGCCUGGCCGCGGCCGUCUCGCUCAACACGGUGGGCACGCAGCGCGUCAUGCGCCUGUGCAAGGAGAUGCUGCACAUCAAGUCCCUGGUGCACGUGUCCACGGCCUACUCCAACGCCGACAAGCGCGAGGUGCGCGAGGUGGUGUACGCGCCGCCCGCCGACCCCGAGGCCGUCAUCAAGCUCGUCAAGUCCCUGCCCGAGGACGCCAUGCCGGGCCUGGCGAGCGCGCUCAUGGGCAAGCGCCACCCCAACACGUACACGCUCACCAAGGCCAUGGCCGAGUGGAUCGUGCAAGAGGAGGCCGACAACAUCCCCUGCGCCAUCGUACGCCCAUCCAUUGUGACGGGGGCGCUGCGGGACCCGGUGCCCGGCUGGGUGGACAACGUGUGCGGCAUCACGGGCAUCAUGAUGGAGAUCGGCAGGGGCACCAUCCGGUCCAUCAUCUGCGAGGAGGACUACAUCGUGGACCUGAUCCCGGUCGACCUAGUCGUCAACACCCUCAUCACGGCCGCCUGGCGCACCGGCACGCACCACGCCAACAACGUGCAGGUGUACAACUGCACGAGCGGUCAGUUGAACCCGGUGCACUGGCACGAGUUCGGCCGCCUGACGCAGAACCAGGCCGUCGACACCCCGACCAAGUACGCGCAGUGGUACCCGGGCUUUAGCUUCCGCACCAACCGGGCGGUGCACAAGUUUUGCGAGAUCUUCUUCCACUUCCUGCCCGCCCACGUCGUGGACCUGCUCAUCCGGGCGCAGGGCGGCAAACCAAUCAUGGUGAAGAUCGCGCAGCGCUUCAAGGCGGCGGCCAAGACGGGCGAGUUCUUCUCGCUGCACGAGUGGGACUUCGAGAGCUCCAACAUGAAGGCCCUCAUGAAGGACAUGGACUGCGUGACGGACCGCGAAACGUUCGACGUGGACGUGUCGCACAUGGAGUGGAAGCCGUACGUCGCCGACUACAUGAUGGGCAUCCGCAAGUACGUGCUCAAGGACGGCGCCGAGUCCCUGCCCGCGGCCCGCAGCAAGCUCAACAAGUUGUGGUGGGCGCACCGGAUCACCCAGGGCGUGACGCUGCUCGCGCUGCUGCGGCUGGUCUUCCUGGCCGGCUCCUUCUUAGUCGACAACGUCCUCUGCAUCAGCAGGUGACUCGAGAGCGACCCGGGCCGAUAGCCGUCAACCCUCCCAACCGGCACCCUUCCUACUACUAACGUUAAGACUGCGUCAGAAUGCACCCAGAUUAAAGACAGGGAAAAGAGAAUCUAUCUGGCGUGCAUCUCUGUUGGACUGUACUUAUUGCAUCGUUUUAAGGCCAUCUGUAAAUACCAUCGUCAUCCUUUAUUGUUUUUGUUGUUUGUGUUUGUUAUCCCAAGAGGGGAUUUGAUUUUUAUUAAUAUUUGUUUAAACCUGGAUUUGCGUCCAUGAGGCAGACCUGGCAAUAGUUUGUCUUUUUAAAUAAAUAAGUGUUUGAAACAAA